GUCAUUAUAAUGAGUUUCUAGCAUUUAUUUUAAAAUACAUCAAAUGUCAUUCUUGGUUUUAACGUCUUUUCCUCCUUCUGACGAAGUGAGUUUCAGGAUGGUAUAUUCAGUUGGAUUUCAGCCUCGAAAAAAGUUCGAGAAUUACUCACUUGAAUCCCCUUUCAUAGAUAAAUGUGUGCAUCCCAAGCGAUCUCAGGCGGUGCCCUCUUUUCCAUUACCAGUAGUAACCCACAUGUUCAAAAAAUUCAAAGGUGCCCAUUGGAGGCGUUUAAUUGACAAUUCUAUCGAAUUGCUUCGGCGAACCUUUACGCGGGAAGCUAGUUGGGCGUUAAAUAUCUUACCCGAACAAAUUCGAGGCGUCGAGUUUCGCCUGGGAAGUCUCUAUGUGACUUUUCAUGUCACCCACGACGAUGACGUAUCUCAGGAGGAGAUGCGUCAGCGUAUUGAAGAGUACCCUUUUAAUGAAAUGUGGCAGCUUUACAAUCAAUCUGAUAGUGCUACAGAUGAUUUGGAUGCUUUAGGGAAUGUAAUUAAGGGUCUUGAAGAGCAAUUAACACAAAAGGACAUUGAGUUAGAGUCUACCCGCAAAAUAAAUGAGCGACAUGGCAAUGAGCUCGCAGAAGAAAUUUCAAAACUGAGAAAUAGCGUAGAAGCUGCAGAAAAUCGCGAGAAAGACUUACUCAAAGAAUUAGAGAAAGCGAUAAAACACCGUAAAACAAGUGAAGCCCACCUCACUGCAUCAAAGGAAGAAAACCAAAGAUUAUUAGACGAUCUUGAAAACACAAAAAACAAUUUUGCUGAACUUGAAGGAAAAUAUAAAGAGUUAAUUACCGCUAUAGUUCAAGAAAACAAAAAGGAAACUGAGGCCAGAGAACGCGAGCUAAAGGAACAGAUUACGGUGAAGAGUUAUAUUAUACAAGAUCUUGAGGCAAAACUUGGUCACUCACGAGGCGUUGAAGUUGAUCCGCAUAGUUUUCUCAACAGGAAUAAUAGUGACGCUUCAAGAAGACUUGCGCUUCGUAUUGAAGAGAUGUUACUGCAACUACGACUAAUCGAGAAAUCCAAAAUAGAUGUCCAUAGCGAACUUGGACGCAUUUCCGAAUCCUUAAGAUUUACAGAGAAAGCUAGAUUUGUACAGUCUGUUUUUUAUGAAACCUGA